GACGGGCAGAGAUGCGGGAGGAGGACGAGGAGGGCUGGCUGCUCGACUCCCUGCGGCUGUACAACGAUCUCCACGUCUUUGAGCUUCAUGAGCCUACCCGUGUUGUCACGUGGACAGGAGAAAAAAGGGUCUGUAUCGCCGGGUACAGUGACCGAAGGCGUAACGAGAUUCUCCAACUGCUUCUACCCCCCCGGCUGACUGCCAAGGAGAACCAGGGCUUGUGUCCAGAGAGAGAUUUUAAGGUGGAACACGGUGGGUUUUCGGACCGCCCGGUCUACAGCCUGAAGCACGUCCCAGAGACCAGCUUGCUGGUGACCAGCGGCCCCCCGGACAGUUCCCUGCAGGUUUGGCGCGUGGAGCAGAACGAGACGGAUGUUAUCAAGCUCAUGGGGACCAUCCCCACAGUAGGAGGAGAGGAGCCCACCUGGGCCAGAAUCGCCACAGCUCCCUCCAAGUCUGCCUGGGUGCUGCACGGGCUGAAGAUCAGCGACGUCCAGGUGACUGAGAUCGAAUCCCGGAAGACCGUCUUCAGGGCAGCCUCCACCAGCCACGACGAGCUGUCCGCUCUGGAGUUCGUGGACCGAGCCACGGCGCUGGCCUGCAGCACCACGGGGCACCUCUUCCUCGCAGACGUCAGGCAGCCCCAGGGCCUCUUGGGAGUGGCGGAGGAGCCGCACGUCGCCUUGGCAACGGGAGGGGGAAGAUGGUGUGCGGCAGUCAGGCCCGGCCCACCGGAGUCUGUCGGGAACCACCCCCAGGUCGUUCGGCUCUCGGAUGGAGGCUGCAUUGUCCUUACGGACCUCCGGAAUACGACGAGCCCCCUGAAAGUGGCCACGGGGUGUGCGCCCCCUUCUGGACCUCCAGCGUCAGAGUUUCUCUGCGUUUCCUUUGCUCCGCAGCUGGAGGAGUGCCUGGCUGUAUCGGGCUUCGAUGGGACCGUCUGCAUCUACAGUAACCAGAGCUGGGGCCCGGCCCCCCAGGAAGACAAGCCGCUCUUUGUUCACCGAGGACACAUUUUCAGCAGCGCAGAAGCAGCCGACCGUCCCGUCCUGGUGACUGCGCAUUCCUGGCACCCUUCCAAGCCACGGACCCUGUUAUCGGCAGCCACCGAUGGGUCGCUCCACGCGUGGGACUGGUCUGAGCCUCGUAGGGCCAGCUAGCCUCUCCCUCCCCCCCCCUUUGCUGAUCCCACACGCUGGCGGCUGGGAACCGCUCCGUCUUUUGCAGUUCUUUGCCAGGACCAGGAAAUGACAGAAAAGAUACUCUCCGUGUUACGAAACGAUAUCAAAAUAUAAUUGCGAUACUUUCCA